AAACUAAUCAUUCAUUAUUCAACUUGUUGAUUUUUCAACAACAACAACAAAAAAAAAACAAAAUCACAAAUUACACAUUACAAUGAAAUUGUUUAUUUGGACAAUAAUAAUUUUUGCCAGUUUCUUUAUUGAUCAAUAUAAUGCAGAAAAAACUAGUUGUGGUACUGUACCAUGUGAUGUUGGAGAAAGUUUCUUAUAUGAACGUUAUUGCUGUAAAACUGCAUCCAAACAAGAUGAUUGUUGCAAAAAAGUUCGUUGGAAACCAAUCACUAUCACUGUAUGCGUUGUUAUCGCUGUGUUAAUUGUAAUCUGGAUAUUGAGUUGUAUAUUUGGAUUAUGUAAAUGUCUUGUCAAUUGCCUAUGUUGUUGUUUCAAGCGGGAAUAAUCAAAAGCGCGCCAAUUAUUUUGUUUUAUUAAUAUUACUUUUUUUUCGAAUGACAUUGUAAUAUUUUUUCACAGAAAUUUGUACGUAACAGAUACUUACUACUUAUUAUGUUCUAUAAAUAGUAUAAUUGUGUAAAUAUAUUUCAGAAAAAAUAAAAUAAGCCCCAAAU